UGUUUGCGAGUUCAGUCAUCCAAAAAAGCUUCUUCCAUAUGGAGGGACCGGGUGCGCAGGGCGCUGCGUCCCCUGCCUUGUCCUCCUACUGCCGCCUCUGCGGCCCCCGCUUCCUGCCGCGGGGACCCUGAGCCCUGGCCUGCCGGUGUCAGCUGCCGCGCGCGCACAACCCACACCCACACACGCACACACACACUUACAUACACACACACUCCCGCCGCAGCUACACGCGCCCGCAAGCGUCCUCCCUCCCGGCCGGCAACUUCUGGUUCUGGGGCUCCUUUGUUGUUCCCGCUGCGGCCACUCCCGUUUUGUGUGUCCCUGGGUGUCACUGUGCGGGUUGUGUGUCCGUGGGCGCAGGGCUCAGUGGCGCUCUUCUGCGCCCACCCCGCUAGCCCCGGGGCCUGGCUCGUCCUUCCCAGGAGCCGGCUGCACCAGAGGCCCAGAACCCAUAACCCAUGAAGUCUUGUCAACAUUCACACCAUCGGAGGCUAUCAGCAAUGAACUAGAAGAAGCAGCAGCGUGUGGCAGGGGAUUGCGGUACCUUUUUGAGAGACUCUGGUGGCUUAUGGGACAUUGGACCUUUUGUGACACACCAUGCCACAUGGGAUGAUGGUGACACAGAGAGGAAAGCGGCCCAAGGCCACACUGGCUUGCCUCCUCUUGGCCACGGUGGGCUGCUUCGCAGACCUGGACCAGGUCCCUCAGGUCACCGUCCAGCCUUCUUCCACAGUCCAGAAGCUCGGAGGAACCGUGAUCCUGGGCUGCGUGGUGGAGCCGCCCUGGAUGAAUACCACCUGGCGGCUCAACGGGAGGGAGCUGAAUGGCUCAGAUGAUGCCCCAGGCAUCCUCAUCACCCAAGGGACCCUCGUCAUCACCGCCCUCAACAACCACACCGUGGGACGGUACCAGUGUGUGGCCCGGAUGCCUGCAGGGGCCGUGGCCAGUGUGCCAGCCACCGUGACCCUAGCCAAUCUCCAGGACUUCAAGUUAGACGUGCAGCACGUGAUCGAAGUUGAUGAGGGGAACACUGCAGUCAUUGCCUGCCACCUUCCUGAGAGCCACCCAAAGGCCCAGGUCCGAUACAGUGUCAAACAGGAGUGGCUGGAGGCCUCCAGAGACAAUUACCUGAUCAUGCCGUCGGGGAACCUCCAGAUUGUGAACGCCAGCCAGGAGGACGAGGGGAUGUACAAGUGCGCCGCCUACAACCCAGUGACGCAGGAAGUGAAAACCUCCGGCUCCAGCGACAGACUGCGCGUGCGCCGCUCCACUGCCGAGGCUGCCCGCAUCAUCUACCCCCCAGAGGCCCAGACCAUCGUUGUCACCAAAGGCCAGAGCCUCAUUCUGGAGUGUGUGGCCAGUGGGAUCCCACCCCCGAGGGUCACCUGGGCCAAGGAUGGGUCCAGCGUCGCCAGCUACAACAAGACGCGCUUCCUGCUAAGCAACCUCCUCAUCGACACCACCAGUGAGGAGGACUCGGGGACCUACCGCUGCAUGGCUGACAACGGGGUCGGGGAGCCUGGGGCUGCGGUCAUCCUUUACAAUGUCCAGGUGUUUGAACCCCCCGAGGUCACCAUGGAGCUGUCCCAGCUGGUCAUCCCGUGGGGCCAGAGCGCCAAGCUGACCUGUGAGGUGCGCGGGAACCCCCCGCCCUCGGUGCUGUGGCUGAGGAAUGCUGUGCCCCUGACCUCCAGCCAGCGCCUCCGGCUGUCCCGUCGGGCCCUGCGGGUGGUCAGCGUGGGGCCCGAGGAUGAAGGCGUCUACCAGUGCAUGGCCGAGAAUGAAGUUGGGAGUGCCCAUGCCGUGGUCCAGCUGAGGACCGCCCGGCCCGGCACCACCCUGCAGCCAUGGCCGGAUGCCAGGCCGGACACUGCCACACCUCCCACACCACCCUCCAGAGCCAGAACCCCUGAGCAGAUGCUGAAGGGCCACCCAGGACUCCUGAGGCCGCCAGCAUCUGUGCAGCCAGCUUCUCCACAGUGUCUUGGAGAGCAGGGGCAGGGGACUCCUGCCGAGGCGCCUGUCAUCCUCAGCUCGCCCCGCACCUCCAAGACUGAUUCCUAUGAGCUGGUGUGGCGGCCUCGGUAUGAGGGUGGCAGCCGGGCCCCGAUCCUCUACUAUGUGGUGAAACACCGCAAGCAGGUCACAAACUCCUCUGACGAGUGGACUAUCUCUGGCAUUCCGGCCAGCCAGCACCACCUGACUCUCACCAGACUCGAUCCUGGGAGCUUGUACGAAGUGGAGAUGGCAGCUUACAACUGUGCAGGCGAAGGCCAGACAGCCAUGGUCACCUUCCGAACUGGACGGCGGCCCAAACCUGAAAUCAUAGCCAGCAAGGAGCAGCAGAUCCAGAGGGAUGACCCUGGAGCCAGCCCCCAGAGCAGCAGCCAGCCCGACCAUGGCCGCCUGUCCCCCCCAGAAGCUCCAGACAGGCCCACUAUCUCCAUGGCCUCUGAGACUUCGGUGUACGUGACCUGGAUUCCCCGUGGGAAUGGUGGCUUCCCGAUCCAGUCCUUCCGUGUGGAGUAUAAGAAGCUAAAGAAAGUGGGGGACUGGAUCCUGGCCACCAGCUCCAUCCCUCCCUCCCGGCUCUCAGUGGAGAUCACAGGCCUGGAGAAAGGCACCUCCUACAAGUUCCGAGUCCGGGCUCUGAACAUGCUGGGGGAAAGUGAACCCAGCGCCCCCUCCCGGCCGUACGUGGUGUCAGGCUACAGCGGCCGCGUGUACGAGAGGCCCGUGGCCGGCCCUUACAUCACCUUCACCGAUGCUGUCAAUGAGACCACCAUCAUGCUCAAGUGGAUGUAUAUCCCAGCAAGUAACAACAACACCCCAAUCCAUGGCUUUUAUAUCUAUUACCGGCCCACAGACAGUGACAAUGACAGUGACUACAAGAAGGAUAUGGUGGAAGGGGAUAGGUACUGGCACUCCAUCAGCCACCUGCAGCCAGAGACCUCCUACGACAUCAAGAUGCAGUGCUUCAACGAAGGAGGGGAGAGCGAGUUCAGCAACGUGAUGAUCUGUGAAACCAAAGCUCGGAAGUCUUCCGGUCAGCCGGGUCGACUCCCACCCCCAACUCUGGCCCCGCCUCAGCCGCCACCCCCCGAAACCAUAGAGCGGCCAGUGGGCCCCGGGGCCAUCGUGGCUCGCUCCAGUGAUCUGCCCUACCUGAUUGUUGGUGUUGUCCUGGGCUCCAUCGUCCUCAUCAUCGUUGCCUUCAUCCCCUUCUGCUUGUGGAGGGCCUGGUCUAAGCAAAAACAUACAGCAGACCUGGGUUUUCCUCGAAGUGCCCUUCUGUCCCCCUCCUGCCAGUAUACUAUGGUCCCACUGGGAGGGCUCCCAGGCCACCGAGCCAGUGGGCACCCCUACCUCAGUGGCACCAGUGGACGGGCUUGUGCCAAUGGGCUACACGUGAACAGGGCCUGCCCUGCAGCCACCAUGGGCUACCCGGGCAUGAAGCCUCAGCAGCACUGCCCAGGGGAGCUCCAGCAGCAGCAGGAUGACACCAGCAACGUGCUGAGGCAGACCGUCCUUGGCAGUGGAUAUGACCCCCACCAUCACCAGAUUCCCAGGGCUCCCAAGUCUAACCCGGAGGAAGGCUCUUUCUUAUACACACUGCCUGACGACUCGACCCACCAGCUGCUCCAGCCCUCACAGGACUGCCACCACCUCCAGGAGCAGUCUGCAGCCACAGGCCAGCGGGGCAUGAAUAAUGGUCCUCGGAGUCCUGGGCUGGAAGCCGUGUGGGACCCUCUGUUCCACCCAGGGCCCCCGUGCUGCCUGGGCCUUGCACCGGUUGAAGAGGUGGACAGUCCUGACUCCUGCCAAGCGGGUAGAGGAGCCUGGUGUCCCCAGCACCCCCUGGGGGCCUACAGAGGCCAGGAACUUGGGACACAGCUCUGCCCCAGCCCACCAGUGCACGUAUCUUUUGAAACACCACCUCCUACAAUUUAGGCAGAAGCUGAUAUCCCAGAAAGACUAUAUAUUGUUGUUUAAAAAAAAAAUGGAAAUUGGUAUUUAUUUUUCUAUAAUAGCCAUAUUUAUAUAUUUAUGCACUUGUAAAUAAAUGUAUAUGUGUGUUUUUAUAAUGCCGAAGAGACAUAGGGAAGCCUACCCACCAAGGGUCUGAGAGGGAAAACAAAGAAGCCGCGACAUAACAGGAAUCAACCAGGACCGAGCAACAGGACUGAGGAGGCAGCCCUUCCCUGAGAACGCCUGCCCCUGCCCGGGAGGCUGCAGAAGGAAGGAAGGCUCCUAGGCACACUGUCCAGAGGGACCCUAAGGGGAAAAGCCAGGGCCACGGACUCAGAGAUUGGAGCUGCCCGUGUGACAGUGGCUGGAUCUGGUGCUACAGGAAACGUUUUCAGAAGAUGCCCAUGAGAAUAGACUAAGAUGUGUAUAGGACCAUAAGCAUUAACAAAGCUUCCAGAAUCAAUAAUCUGUGGCAACAUAUCUCUGUAAAAAUAAACACUGUAACGUCUAAAUAAAUGUUUAGUCUUCCCUGUAA